CGCGGCCCGGGACGAGCGGGAGCCGGGAGCGGCCGGGAGCCGAGCAGGGAAUGCUGCCCGGGAGCCCAGCAGGGAAUGCUGCCCCACGGCCUCCCAGCCCGUCCCGCAGGCGCGUGGGCUCCCGGGCAUGGCCGUGCCACCCCGACGUGCUGCUCCGCAGAAUCGGUGACCGUGCGAGUGAAUAUAUUUGCUGAUGCCAGAAGCAGAAGGAGUUCACAAAUCAAGCUUUUGACAGGUUGCAGGCUGGGUCUCAUUCUCACCUACACCUUGGUGCCUCGGGGGACGUGCUGUCUUCUCCAGCUGAAGUGCACAGCAGUACCAGUCAGAGUUUGAUGAGGAGGCAUGAGGCUGGGGCUGGCCAUCCUGUUACACCUCAUGCUGCUAAGAGCCCAGCACGCACAGCAUGGCUGUGGUGCUGGGUCCUGCCACCCAGCCCUUGGGGACCUUCUCCAGGGCCGCAGCAAACAACUGACAGCCUCGUCAACCUGUGGGAUGAGCAGCCCUCAGAAGUACUGCAUUAUAGGCUACCUAGAGGCUGAAGAGAAGUGCUUUCUCUGUGAUUCCAGAUACCCAUAUAAUCCCUAUACCCAGCACAAUAGUCACAUGGUUGAAAAUGUUAUCACAACGUUUGAGCCUGAAAGGAAAAAGAAGUGGUGGCAGUCAGAAAAUGGCAUUGACCACGUCAGCAUUAGAUUGGACCUAGAAACUUUAUUCCAAUUCAGCCAUCUUAUCCUGACCUUUAAGACAUUUCGGCCUGCAGCAAUGCUGGUUGAGCGCUCUGCCGAUUUUGGUCAGACCUGGAAAGUGUUCAGAUAUUUUGCACAUGACUGUGCAGCUUCUUUCCCCAACAUCUCUUCUGGUCCAGCAAAAAGUGUUGGAGAUGUUGUUUGUGAUUCAAGAUAUUCAGACAUCGAGCCCUCCACUGAAGGCGAGGUUGUUUUAAAAGCUUUGGACCCCAGCUUUGAAAUAGAAAAUCCAUAUGUGCCAUAUAUCCAAGAUCUCAUUACAUUGACAAACCUAAGGAUCAAUUUUACUAAACUCCACACCCUUGGAGAUGCUCUGCUUGGGAGGAGGCACGGUGAUCCCCUUGAGAAGUACUACUAUGCCAUCUAUGAGAUGGUUGUGCGGGGCAGCUGCUUUUGCAAUGGCCAUGCCAGCCAGUGUGAUUCCAUGCAGAACCUACGGGGAGAUGUUUUCCACCAGUCUGGGAUGGUCCAUGGGAGAUGUAUCUGCCACCAUAACACUGAAGGUUCCUCUUGUGAAAGAUGUAAAGAUUUCUACAAUGAUGCUCCCUGGAGGCCAGCUGAAGGGACACAAGAUAAUGCUUGCAAACGCUGUAACUGCAACAGCCACUCCAGCAGGUGCCACUUUGACAUGGCUGUGUACCAGGCCAGCGGCGGGGUCAGCGGUGGCGUUUGUGAGGACUGCCAGGACAACACCACGGGCCAGCACUGCGACAGCUGCAAACCUUCCUUUUACCAGGAUCCACUCAAAGUCAUCUCAGAUCCUCGGCCAUGCCUCCCCUGCAGCUGUGACCCCGCGGGUACCGUGCCCGAGGGCGUGUGCGACAGCCGCACGGACCCCGCGCUGGGCACGGUGGCGGGGCGCUGCCCCUGCAAGGACAACGUGGAGGGCGCUCGCUGCGACAAGUGCAAGGCAAACUACCACGGGCUGAGCAGCAGCGACCCCCUGGGCUGCCAGCCCUGCAACUGCGAUCCCUUGGGCAGCUUGCCCUUCUCCGUCUGUGAUCCUGCCACGGGACAGUGCCUCUGCCAGAGGUUCACCACAGGGCAGCGCUGUGAAAGAUGCCUUGCAGGAUACUGGGGUCUUGGCAACAGCUUGUAUGGCUGUUCUCCAUGUGACUGUGAUAUCGGUGGAUCCCAGAAUAACUUGUGCUCGUUGAAGGACGGUCAGUGCGAGUGUCUGCCCAACAUCGUCAGCCGCCAGUGCAACGAGCCAGCUCCAGGGUACUUCUUUCUACCCCUGGACUAUUACAUCUAUGAAGCUGAGCAUGCAAAGCCCCUUUCUGGCUCUGCACCCUUGGUUCAGCCAAGCACUCUUCCAAGGUGUGACAUUUACUUCCAGAAGAAAGGCUAUGAGUUCAUGAUUGAAAAUGGAAAGAUUGUGUUAAACAGGAACAAAAAACGAACUGUAAGGAAAUCUGGACUGGAACAGGGUGCGAUGCAGUUUGGACAGGACUCGGAUUUGGCGGUGGUGCUCCGGCAGCCCAGCGCUGGUCGGGCUGUCACCUGGACAGGACAUGGCUUUGCCCGUGUUCCCAGUGGAGCUGGGCUGAGAUUUGCCAUCAGCAAUGUUCCCUUUGCUAUGGACUUUGAUAUCACAGUUCGCUAUGAGCCCGAGUUCUUGGAAGACUGGCUUGCAAGUGUUGCCAUCCAGCCUGCUGGUAUCUUGUCAGGUCAACACUGCAAAAACAAGGUCCUUUCACAGGAGCCACAUGAGCUGCCUCUCCCAGCUACAAAGAGGAUUGCAAUUCUGCAAACUCCAGUCUGCCUGGAGCCGGGAACAGAAUAUUUUGUGGAUGUGUAUUUUUCUCAGCUCUCUGCCUCUGACAAAAAGGCAAAAUCAUUCAUCUUGAUUGACUCACUUGGACUUAUUCCCAGAAUCGGCUCCGUGGAGAACUUAUGCAGUGAAAAGGAUUUAGAUGAGUACCAGAAGUAUCACUGUAUUGAAAUUGCAUCUGAAGUUGGGCCUCACGUCCUGCCCGAAGCGUGCGCGCGGCUCAUAGCGAGCCUGUCAGCCCGAAUCCACAACGGCGCCGUGGCAUGCAAGUGCAAUCCCCAAGGGUCGCUGAAUGCCAGCUGCAGUAAACUGGGGGGGCAGUGUCCGUGCAAAGCCAACGUCGUGGGACGCUGCUGUGACACCUGCUCUGCAGGCAGCUACGGCUUUGGCUUCCACGGCUGCCACGCGUGCGAGUGCCACCCGCAAGGCUCGCUGAGCCCGCUGUGUGACCAGGCGACGGGGCAGUGCUCCUGCCGCCGGGACGUGGAUGGCCGGCGCUGCAGCCGCUGCCUGCCCGGCUACUUCGGCUUCCCCCUGUGCCGGCGCUGCCCCUGCCAUGGCCGCGCCGAGCUGUGCGACCCUCGGAGCGGAGCGUGCCUCGGCUGCCGCGGGUUCACCGCCGGGAGCCGCUGCGAGAGGUGCAUGGAUGGCUAUUAUGGAAACCCUCUGGAUGGAGAGCCCUGCCUCCCAUGCAUGUGCCCAGGGCCACCUACCAGCAAUAGGUAUUUUGCACGUUCCUGUUACCAGGACUCCCAAUCUGCACAGCUUGUCUGUAAUUGUCUCGAGGGAUACUCAGGCAAUCAGUGUGACAAGUGUCCUAGUGGGUUCUACAAAAACCCCAGCAGCCCUGGGCUUGACUGUACACCAUGUCCCUGCAACAACAACAUUGAUUUGACAGACCCAGAGUCCUGUGACAGGGUCACUGGGGAAUGCACCAAGUGUUUACACAACACCCAUGGAGCAAACUGCCAGUUCUGCAAACCAGGUUAUUUUGGCUCAGCCCUCAAUCAAAGCUGUCAAAGCUGCACGUGCAAUCUGGCAGGUGUUGACCCUGCCAUGUGCCCAGGGGGGGACGCAGCCUGCCUGUGUGACGCAGCCACAGGAGCUUGUCCUUGCCUGCCCAACGUGCUGGGUGCCACGUGUGACCAGUGUGCCACUGGCUACUGGGACCUGGCCAGUGGAAAAGGAUGUCAGACCUGUGACUGUGACCCAAAAAACUCCCAAAGCAACCAGUGCAACCAGCUUACAGGCCAGUGUCCAUGUAAGCCAGGUUACAGUGGAAGAUCCUGUAAUGAAUGUGAGGAAAACUACUUUGGCAAUCCCCAGAUGCAUUGCGUUUCAUGUGAGUGUAACCUGGAGGGGACCCGGCAGCCCACGUGUGACAAAGCCACGGGCGCGUGUAACUGCCGCGCCGGUGUCACCGGCCGGCUCUGCGACCAGUGCGGCCGCGGCUUUGAGAAGGACUUUCCCUCCUGCCCUCAGUGUCAUCUUUGUUUUGAUCAGUGGGAUGCUGAAAUUGCUGCUCUUGCUCAGACCGUGCAGGGGUUAAUGAGGUUUGCAGCAAAGCUGGAAGAUAAAGGAGGACGAAUGCCCAGCUGUGACAUGCGCUUCAAAGCCUUCGAAGAUGCCAUUUCUGAAACUGAACGCAUUUUGAGACAUCCUGUCCUUUCACUGGAGGCCCUUUCAGGCAUCAGGAAUUUUCAGAGCUACCUUCAACAAAAAGUUGCACAGAUGGAUCCCCUUCACAGUUCACCCUUUGAAUUUCCUGACCUUAACAAGAGCAUAGAAGAUAUAGUAGAAGAAGCCAACCUAGUGUUUCAACUUCUACAGCAAAAAAUACAUCUGCAUCAAAGGUUUCAGUACUUGAACUUCAAAGAGGCCAUCAGCAACAUUAGGAAACACUCUGAAGUAUCAUUGCUGGCAGAACAGAAGACCAGGGUGACAAUCCCUAUUGUGAGACACUCAGAGUACACCAGGAAUGACACACUUGCUAUGUUGGAUCAUCAGGUCUUAAAUGCAAGCAGUGUGCUGCAACAGCUCAGAAAGAUCAAAAGUCCUGACAUCCAAAACUUGAAUGAAAAGAUCUGUGGUGCUCCAGGAGACCAGCCAUGUGCCACAGCAGCCUGUGGGGGAGCUUUGUGCCAGGACAGUCAUGGACUACGGCAUUGUGGUGGCCCAGACUGCACUGGAGCUCUUCCUCUCUCCUCUGAGGCCUUCAGGAAAGCUGAGGAGACUGCUGUGAUGCUAAAUAACUUGACUACCCAGCUACAGAAACCUGAGAAUCAGGUUAAAUGCAUUAGAAAAAUGGCAGAAGACAGCAAACUGAAAGGCUCACAAUUUAAUGGGCAACUGGAGACAGCUAUGAAUCAAAUUGAAGUUGAUGGAGAGAUCACUAAGGAGUUCAUCCAAAAAGUGAAAGUCUUCUUGUUAGAUGAGGGUGCACCUCCAGAAGACAUUGAGAAGGUGGCAAAUUAUGUCCUGCAAAUAAACCUUCCCCUGACUCCACAAGAGCUCAGAGGCAUGCUUGGCAAACUCCAAAGCAUUAUGAACCACUGUGAGAGGUACAAACUGAAUAAUAAGAGAAACAUAAAAAGGGAGGAUGCUCAGACACUGCUGGUGGAGGCACAAGAAGCUGACAAAGCAGCUACAGCUCUUCUGCCAGUGGAUGAAAUUAAUAAUAAACUAAAAAAUGUUGUGAAGUCCCAAGGACACUCCAAAACCACCAUCAUAAAGUUAAAUGAAGAGAUACAAGGCAUCAGAACGCAAAUCUCUCAGGCUGAGAACCAAGUGAACAAGACAAAUGAUAAACUGAAUGACUUGUCAGCCAAACAGACUGAGGUGGAAGAUGAAAGUGCCACAUGGCAGGCAAAAAUGCUGAUGAGCAAGAACCAAGCUACAAAGGCAAGAUUAGAGGCAGAAGCAGCUCACAAGCAAGCCCAGAAAAUUGAUAAUGAAUUUACUGACGUUAAAAGAAAGUACACCAUUCUUCAAGAAAAGCUAAAAAUCCAAGGACCUCCAAAUGUAACACUAAAAAAAGUGAAGCAGUUGAAAAAAGAAGCAGAAAAACUGGCUGAAGAGACUGAAAAGAAGAUACAAAGAAUAACAGAUUUGGAGAAGAAGCUUCAGGAGCUGAAUCAAACCAAACAAGAUAAAGCAGAGCAACUGAGACAACUAGAGGAACAAGUGAUAGCCAUUAAAAAUGAAAUAAUGGAGCAGGAAAGCAAGUAUGCAACAUGCAAGAGUUAGGGUCUGAACAGACCACCAGGUAAAAUGAAGCUGAAAUCACCAUGAUUAUCACAUCCUGAGCAUCCUGGCACAGGCCACUGUCCUCCGGAAAUACAUCUGAAGUGGCCUAGUGAAUUAUGUAAUUUUGUCUUUUUUUCUUUUUCUUCUUUUGUCCAGUUGAGUUUAUAUGGAAAUAGGAAAUACAUUGUAAUAAACCAUGUGAUUUAGUAA